GCCAGCAUAACCUCAGUUCAAACGGACGAAGCGAGAACGGCGUCCUGCGUCCACCUCAUAUUAUUUGUGAUUUUUGUGUGUUUUAGUGUUUAAUAAUGGCCAGUCCGGCGUUGCAAAGGAAGAACCCCCGCAAGGGAUCAAGCGGACAAAAUAUCAAGGUGUUUUUAAGAUGCAGGCCUAUGAACAGUAUGGAGAAGAGUUCAAAGUCAUUUUGUGCCGUAGAAUGCCAACAGAACCGAGAAAUUAUUGUGAGGGAACGGCCCCUGGAUAAGUUCACAAAAACUUUCACUUUCGAUAGAGUUUUUGGACCAGAAUCAAAACAGAUUGAUGUCUACAAAGCAGUGGCAAAGAAUUCAGUGGAAGAAGUGCUAAGUGGAUUCAACUGCACAAUCUUUGCUUAUGGACAAACCGGCACGGGAAAGACCUUUACCAUGGAGGGAGAGCACACCAAUGAAAUCAUGUCUUGGGAUGAGGAUCCAUUGUUAGGUAUUAUUCCUCGCUGUGUGAAUCACCUUUUUGAUGAGCUGCGCAUUCAGAAGGUGGAGUUCACAAUGAGGGUUUCAUUCCUCGAAUUGUACAACGAGGAACUGUUUGACUUGCUGUCGGCUCAUGAUGAUAUGUCAAAACUGAGAUUGUAUGAAGACUCAUCUCGAAAGGGAUCUUGCAUUAUACAAGGUCUAGAAGAGGUUCUCGUUCGCUCUAAGAGUGAUGUAUACAGUGUAUUGGAAAAGGGGUCAGCCAAACGCCAGACAGCAGCUACCCUAAUGAAUGCACAUUCCAGCCGCUCGCACACUGUUUUUACAGUCACUGUUCACAUCAAAGAGAACACAGUCGAUGGUGAUGAACUUUUGAAGACUGGUAAACUGCAUUUGGUUGACUUGGCCGGGUCAGAAAAUAUUGGCCGUUCUGGGGCAGUCGACAAACGUGCUCGUGAGGCUGGUAAUAUCAACAUGUCCCUGCUCACUCUAGGGCGUGUGAUCACUGCUUUGGUGGAGAAGGCUCCUCAUGUACCUUACAGGGAGUCAAAACUGACUCGUCUGCUGCAGGAUGCUUUGGGUGGCCGCACAAAGACUUCCAUCAUUGCAACCAUCUCUCCUGCAUCUAUUAACUUGGAAGAAACGCUGUCCACCCUGGAUUAUGCUCACAGGGCGAAGAACAUCCAGAACAAGCCAGAGGUCAACCAGAAGCUAAACAAGAAGGAACUCAUUGGGGAGUACUCAGAGGAGAUUGAGCGUCUGCGUCGUGACCUGAUGGCCAUGAGGGAGAAGAAUGGCGUCUACCUGGCCAACGAGAACUACCAGGAGAUGAUAGCAACGAUGGAGACUCAGGCACAGGAAAUCACAGAGAAGAUUAGUCACAUUCGGGCCUUGGAGGAAGAGCUAGAGAAGAAGACGGAUCUGUUCACGGAAGUAUCUAGUAAGCUUGAGGAAACACAGGAAAAGCUUGAUACAACCAAGACUACUCUGUCAUGUACACAGAAGCUGUUGCAUGACACAGCCCAAAGGCUUGAUGAGCAGAAGUACAUUGUAACAGAACACAGCAAAACAGAGGAGAAACUGAAGAAUCAAGGCAAAGCCCUAAUUAGCCGUGUAUCUCUAACCAUUGGUGACCUCUUCAAGCUCUAUGACAAACUGGAUCGUAAGAAAAAUGUUGAAGAAAAGAAUACAGAGAUUACCAAGGGCUUCCAGCAGACUUACCUAGAGCACGUGGAAAGCAUGAGGAACUCCCUCACAGCUACCGUAACACAGCAAAAGGAAGCUGUCCAGAACAUUUCAUCUCAGUUUGAUGGUUCUGUGAAGAAAUGUAAAAAGGAGGUCCUUGAAAUCAGUUCCCACCUGAGGACCAUUGCCAGGAGCCAAGAUGAACUGGUCAAUAACCUUCAUGAAAUGUUCAAGGGGAAGGCACAGGCUGAUGUGGCAGGUACAAAGGCCAUGGUGGACCAGAUUGAAGAACAGUGUGCUGAACAGGAGCUGCAACUCAGCACUUUCCAGAAGGAACAAGUGCUACCUAGCCUGGAGAAGAUAGCCUCCUUGAUUUCCUCUCAUGCUACUACCAUCACUGACUUGUCUGAUGUGCUGAGUAACAAGCUGAAUGAGUUGCACUCAGAAUGUGAGAAGAGUCACCAGAACCAAGAAAAAAUGGCCUCCGAGUUCGAAAAACAGAUGAACACACAUUUAGAGGCUCAUGCUGCACGUACUGUUGCCUGUCUUGACAAUGCCAAUGCACUGUGCAGCAAUGUUGAUUCUAAGGCUGAGCUUGUUGCAUCCAAGAUCAGCAGUUUGGAAACCCAGCUUGAGGAUCUGAAGCAAAUCAGCAAGGAGCUCACGUCUUCAGCCUCAGCUGGUCUGUCUAAUAUUAUCUCAGAUCUUGGCACGCUGAAGGAGGAGACCCACACGGCUAAUGAUAAUGUGAAGACAUUGGUUAAGAGUCUUGGUGAGAACAGCCAUUCUCAUAUCACAGCUACUCUUUCUCUAGAGAAAGAAGCCCAGUCUGCAAUGGAGAAAAUGGUCCAUGAGAGUGAUAGAACAGUGGCACAGUAUUCUGCCCACGCAUCACUGUCAAUCUGUGAGAACCGUAACAUUGCUGAGAAGCACAUCAAAGCAGUGGAGACCAAAUCUGCACAGGAUAUUUCAGACCAUGGAGCUAAGAUUGAGAUGGCUGUUGCUUUAACCAAGGAUCUGGAUAUCAAGAACCAAUUGCUGGAGGAUGAGAUCAGUAAACUUGAAAAGGAAUGUGCCCAACUCCAAAAAAAAUGCCAGCACACUUCUAGAACUCUUCAAAGCUGGUCUGAGGACCACAUGGAUGACCUCAAUGCCCAAGAGAUGCAGGUCAAUGAAUUCUUCACUGAGAAAAUGGUUAAGGAUGUGCCAACUGGCGAGACACCGGUGCGCAAGGAUUACCCAUACUCUAAGUUCUUGUCGUCCACCUCUCCACAUGAGAGACUAAUUGAGAGAUACAGAAGUGGUACUGUAACCACAAUGUCCAAGAUCCCCCUGCCCAACUUUGAGGAUACAGAGGACGAAAUGGGUUCCUCAUCAGCUGACAGCUCCCAGUUAUCUCCAUCUGAUUGCUCACAACUGGAAGAUGAGGUGAUGGAGGUCAGGGCACGCUCUGGUUCCACUUCUGAUGUCCGUUCACGAUCAGGGUCUACCAGCUCCAGCAAGGGUGACAAAGGAGUAUUUGUAGCUCCAGCACCACCUCUUCAGCGACAGGACAGCAGAGAUGAUUCUGGCAUUCCACUCUCAAGGUCGUCUUCAUCUUCUUCCAUUCCUGAAACAAAGGACAAGGAGAACACACUUGUGCGACGGGGGAGCUCAAAGAAGAGAGAGUUGAGGCAACCUGGAACCUACCCUAGUUUAGAAAAGAGUGGUAGCAGUGACAGCAUUUCCAGAAGCCGAAGAAUAUUGGGCACUCAGAACUGAAACUCAAAACAGCACACCAGAAAAAUGUCUCCAUAAUAUAUCUUCCAAAAGAAGUACAGAAUGUUCAUACAUAAGCCAAAGAUUCUUGAAAAUAUUUAAUGAUAAUAAUAAUCGACUUUUAGGUUGCUUUGACUAAUCAUAUGAUCAUCGUCAUAAAGAGUUUGAAAUAUUUGAGUGAUUAACUUCAAAUUGUACAAAGUAGAUUUCCCAAUGCACGUGAUCAUUGAUUAAUACAUGUAUGAAUGUUGCCCAUCUCAUUAGAUUAAUGUCUUCUAUUUUAACAUAACACUGCUAGAAUCCAAGUAUUAAUUUCUUUACAAUAGCAUUAUUAUUUUCUACUUUUGUACAUGGAACACAGAGAUAUUUUACUUUAGUGUGUAGUGAUCCUGUGAGACAUUUUUAAUAUGCCUGUAGAUUAUAUAGUAGCAGAGAUAAAAUGUUAAAAGAAACAAUGGUUUUGUUUGUCGAGAUCAGUGAUUUUUGUUUUGAUAGAUGGAUUUUAAUGUAAAUUCAAGCAGUAGAACAUAGAUCUAUUCUGUAGGAUUUUUUUUUUUUUUUUUUUUUUUUUUUUUUCUAUUAUUAUUUUUCCAACUUUUAGAACAAAAUGUCAAACCUUCUCUGUUUGAGUUCUGUUGUUUUUACUCGCGUUUUAGAUUUCACUUAGGUUUAGAUUGUAUCUGGAUAUGAAAUCAUGCAUAGCCUAAAAGAAAAUGUAUAUCAGAGACAUGUUUGUGUAUGUGAGUGUGUUUGUGUAUGCGUCAGUGUAUAUAAAUAUCUAGAACCCUUAGUAUAUAAAUGCAUUAGGAAGGAGAGUUUCAGAUAAAUUACAGAUGAUUAUUUGCAUAAUGGUAAAUAUUAAGGUGUCAUAUUUUCUCAUCUUCUAAGUCUGUCAAACCCAUCACAACUCAGUGACUAUGAGUAAUGUCUUUAUUCUAAGUUAUUUUUAUGAUGCAAGAAAAUAAAAGAUUGUAGGUAGAACA